CCCGCUUUCCCCCACAUACUCAUAUAUACCUGUGUCUAGCUGACUAGCUGGAUUGUUUGCGCAGGUCCUCCUAGCCAUCAUUAUCACCCUGUCCUGUAUCCUAUAAGAGUCCGUCGCCGUCUUACAUAUCAUAUUCGCCCUUCCGCUCCCCUGCCCUCACCCAGCCUCUUCAUCCCCUGUCCGCGGCCCCCCUUUCUGCGCACGCCAGACAAAGAAGCCCUCAUUGCCUUCUGUAGCAUCGACCAGGUCCAAAUCCAUCGACACGGCAUGGCCAUUGAUACCCCUUGCAUGGAAAGAAAGGAAGCAUGGUCACGUCUACCAUCGCCCUUCUUGCUAUCGGCGCCGGCGUCGCAGCAGCCGCAGCAAGGCGGGCGGGUACAGGCAUCAUGCCCAGUGCUGACUUGAGCAAGCGUGACAUCAAAGCAGCUCCCAGGGAUGGACCGGGCUACAUAAUCCCUAACGACAAUGGCGGCUCAUGCAUUGGCCUCUUCCCGAACAACACCAAUGGCGAGCCCCUAAACCUGAUUAUCAGCGGCAACUCGGAUGCUUACAUUCGCUCUCUCGAAGGCUUCACUGCCUGGAGCAACGCCAUUGGCUUCGGCAAAGAGUGCUUCGGCUUGCACUCUGGCGCGGCCAUGCAGGCCAACCUCGGCGACGGGAAAGGCUGGCGUAGCCAGCAAGCAGAGUUCCGCUUCCUGUACGAACUCCCUCCUCAGGUUGGAGCGUGCAGCGAGUCGGUCAUCGGCGGCAACCACUACCGCUUUUGGCAGCAGUCGACGACUAGCGCGUGGUUCCUGGCGUGCAGCGAGGAGGAGGACGUGUUCGAGUCGCACACCAUCGUCCCGGACGGCUAUGAUAAGGGCCGCGACGACAUUGUCUCACGCGCCCUGAAGAACCCGACGUACCGGAACAAGACGUACAUGACCACCGUCAACUAUAUCACCGGCCUGUUGCCCGUCGGCGACAACGGUAUCAACCACGGCAUCACAAUUGACGGCCGCACCGCCGUCUUGACCAUCGCCGUAACAAGCAAAUAAACGCAUAGUAAGCUUCUCCAUGACGAAGCGACGGGGACAAACACAACCGCAAGAACUCAAAAUACUAGCCGUUCAGACACAUAUAUUAUCAUCAAGCAUAUAGCACUGCUUUUCCUUCCCUACACCGCGCGCACACACCUUGUCCAGUCAGGAUCAGUGAUUUUGUUUCCUUCACAUAUCUGUAACGUUUUCUAGUCACGACACCAAAAUGACUCUCACUGCGGCGCUUGUAUUUAUCUCUCCUUCACAUCUUAAAUAGCCAUAUAUGCGAUCUGCGGACCCAAGUGGCGGGACCCGUGUCCUUGCUGCUGUCUGCUAUCCGCAGAAAAUGGCGAUUUCACAAA